GACUUCACCGCUCUGCCUGGGUUUCCUUUAUGAUCCCGGGAUCUCCCACUUCCCUCGCCAGACAUCAGCCAGCAACACAAGCGAACGCAGCUCUCUCUUCUUCUGUCUCUCUACUAUACACAUACACACAAACAUACAUACACACACACACUGUCUGCAGCUGCAACAACAUCCAAAGACCACAGAGAGACCUCAACACUGGCCCCUCUUGAGGACCCCUGCAGGAGACGCACCAACUUGCAAAAAAGAAAAAGAAAAAAGAAGGAUCUACAACUCCUGAGGAAGACUAGCUUUUCACGCUGGUGAUUCUUCUCUGUUCCUACGUGCCACAAUGUCCGAAGUUCUGCCAUAUAACGAGGGCAAAAUGAACGGCUACGGGGCGGACAGCGAGGUCAACCAGAUGUCCUUUAGCUGCGGACUGCAGGACACAAGCGCCUUUUUCGCUGCGUCGCAGGCAAAAAGACCCCCAAAGCUCGGGCAGAUCGGCCGAGCCAAGCGAGUGGUCAUCGAGGACGACCGAAUAGACGAGGUCCUGAAAGGGAUGACAGACAAGUCUUCACCUGGCGUUUAAGCGCCAACGAUGCCUUGCAGACUUUUUAAUUUUCGAUCACCGAUUUGAAGCACUUGUCGGCUGUGCAUGUUCGAGGAUGUUGCAGGAGAAAACGGCAGCUCGAUGCAGGAUGGGGAUGAUAGUAGAAAUGAUAGAGGCAAUGGAUAUGGCUUAAAGGGUAAAGAUGUAAGGAGGAAAGAGGUGAGGAGAGAAUGAUGGACUCUGGAAAAGACCAAGAUUUAUCGUGGGAUUGCUGGCAAUUCUCCAAACGAGUCCCGACUUUUACUACUGCUGCGCAGCAAGAUGUUGAGAUGGCUGACACCACUCUGUAUCUCAACCUCUGCUGACUUAAAUGAUGGAUGAACUUGCCAUUACUUCACGACCAUCUCUUUUUGUUCCUUUCCAAAAAAAAAAGAAAAAAAAAGCGCUGUAAGCAACAAAAACACUGCAACUAAAGGGCGAAGCUUAAUCUCAGCCCUAUUUCAAUAAGUUGUACAGUAGAUAGGCUAAGCUCUCAGACGCCCCCCCUCCCGCCUUUAGGCUUUGCUUUGUUGAUUCAGUCAGCGACGGUGCAUUUAAGGGAGCUGUCCUUUCAGCACUGGUCCAAUGCAUUCCUGUUGCUGCUAUAAUGCUUUUUGAAAAACAGACCAACCAAACUCUACAGUCUGCUAAAUAGAGGAGUCUCACUGUUUGUAUAAAAAAUAUAUCCGAGGAUGGUGCAAUGUUAAUACUUUUCAGUAGUACAACCCCAUUUCUUUCAGCACUUAAACAGCACCUAGACUGCAGAUGAAACUGAGAAACGAGCUACAUUCUUCUUCUUGCAUUACCCAUCAGUGGUUAAUGGUGCAAGCUGGCACCUUCAUGUAGCUGAUUUAUACCUGCACAUAUCUUUCUUUCCUCUUUCUUUUGCCUUUUGUUUUGCAUUUUCAGAAACACUCAGAUAUCUACAGAGGCCAGCGGAAAUGUGGAGAUUCUAGUAAAUGUUUUAAAUAAUAGUCAUGAAAUUGAUGGGAAAAGUGAUUUCUAUGAUUUGUUUCUUUUCGUUUUGCAAUUAUUUGUGUUUUAUCCUCUAUGAAUUCAAAGUUUUUCUCCAUCUAUUUGCAUGAACUGUCACCCCGGGUGCCAAUGCAGGUGCCGCCACUCUUACCCUGGCACGCUUCUUUUUAACAAAAGUCAUAUUUGUAUUUUUAUAUCUAAAUAUUUGUUAUUUAAAUUAUAUGCUAGUCUAUCGUCUUACAAUUCAUCAACAGAAAUAUUUGUACUUCAGAGAGGAUAUAGUGAAUGAGACUGGGCCUCACACAGGCGCAUCUAAGAUUUUAGUGGACUGGUCUCAGUCUAUAUCAAAGGUCAGACAUUUUUUAAAGACUUACUGAAUGUGUCUGGGGUUUUUGCACACAUCAAUGUUAAACUAUUAUUAAGAAAUCGUAUACUGUGACUUGAGCUUCGUUGAUGAAUUUGUUAGAAAAUGGCAGUUUUAGAAUAUAUUGCACUGUUUACGAGUAUCCUCAAAUAACAUGGUGUUAUUUGACUGAUUUUGGACAUUACUGUUUUUGUUUAUUUUUAUUUAGUUUAUUUUGUACCAUUAUUUUAAAGAAACUGGAUAUGGUUUGUUGUGCAUGAAACCUUAAUAUUUUCAAUAAUGAAAUAUUGUUUUAUGAAGCAAAAAAAGCAACAAAAAUGUCAUGACAUUCUAAGAAUGAGUUAUUGUAUAUUAUGAUGCCAUUUUCACUGUAUUUGGUGAAUUAAUAAAUGGUGACAGAAAAUGUUAA